CAUAUACAGCCAAAGUCAAGAAUCUAAACUUUAUUUUUUCCAAAGCAAGAAAUGGAUUCCAGAGCCCUUUAUAUUGUUAGUCUUUGGUUAAGAAAGGCAAAGCUAUAGUGGUGAUGGGAAACCUCCUAGUUUACCUUGUUUCUUGUUUAUGUUUGUGUUUACUUGUAAAUCUCAUCAAGUUCUUUAACAAAGUAUGGUGGACUCCUAUUCGCAUACAAUCGUCCAUGAGAUCACAAGGAAUAAUAGGCCCUUCUUGCAGAUUCCUCCAUGGAAACACCAAAGAGAUCACUAAUAUGAGAAAUAGAAUCAUGAAUGGUCCCAUGGAAUUAUCACAUCAAAUGCUCCCUAGAAUUCAGCCUCACAUCUAUUCAUGGAUCAAGUUAUAUGGGACAAACUUUCUGAAUUGGUAUGGCUUUCAAGCUCAAUUGGUUGUCACUAACCCUGAGUUGGUCCAAGAGGUGCUGAACAAUAAGGAGGGAGCAUACCAAAAAAAAUUUAUCCAAAAUUAUGCAGAUAAAUUCUUAGGAGAUGGACUUUUAGCUUCUCAAGGUGCAAAAUGGUUGAAAAUGCGAAAAAUUGCUAAUCAUGCUUUCCAUGGAGAGAGCUUGAAAUGUAUGAUUCCAGCGAUGGUUGCCAGUGUUGAGACAAUGCUUGAGAGAUGGAGACAGAAUGAAGUGAAGGAGACUGAGGUGUUCCAAGAAUUCAAAGUUCUAACUUCUGAAAUUAUUUCCAGGACAGCUUUUGGAAGCAGUUACCUGGAAGGGAAGAACAUAUUUGAUUUGCUGGCAAGGAUGGCUAGCAUUGUUUCCAGAAACAAUUUUAAAGUUGGAAUUCCAGGGAUUAGCAGAAAAUUCUUGAAAACUCGUGAUGAUACUGAAUCAGAGGAACUUGAGCAAGGCAUCCGAGACUCCAUCAUAAAGUUGAUAAACAGAAGAGAGGAGGGGCUGCUGAUGGGUGAACAUGAUAGUUAUGGGAAUGAUUUUCUUGGAUUACUUUUAAAUGCUCAUCAUGAUAAUGAUGAGGAAAAGAAGAUAUCAGUAGAUGACCUGAUUGAUGAGUGUAAGACCUUUUAUGUUGCUGGACAUGAAACAACUGCAAGCUCACUCACUUGGACUGUUCUUCUUUUAGCAAUUCACUCAGAUUGGCAAGACAAAGCAAGGGAGGAGGUUCUCAAAUUAUUUGGCAAACAAAAUCCUAGUCCUGAUGGUAUUGGAAGAUUGAAAAUUAUGAGCAUGAUUAUUAAUGAAUCCUUGCGUCUGUACCCUUCGGUUUUCAAUAUCACAAGGGAAGUUCAAAAAGAAGUCAGAUUGGGGAAGAUAAUCAUUCCAGAGAAGAUGGCUGUGUGUCUUCCAAUUCUUGCUGUUCAUGACAAUUCACAAGUAUGGGGAGAAGAUGCUCAUUUCUUCAAACCAGAAAGAUUUGCAGAUGGGGUUGCCAAAGCUACAAAAAAUAAUACAUCAGGAUUUUUCUCAUUUGGUUCAGGGCCCCGAUCUUGCGUUGGCUUGAAUUUUGCAACAACAGAAAUAAAGAUUGCACUGUCUAUGAUUCUGCAGAACUACAAGUUUACUCUGUCACCUACUUAUCUCCAUUCACCAGUCCACAUCCUGACAAUAUGCCCACAAUACGGACUUCAAAUCAUGCUCGAGGCCUUGUAGAUUAAAGCUUCAGGUUUUUGCUUGUAUUUACUUGAACCCCAGCAGCCAAUAGUGAAGUUGCCAAUGCUAAUAAGUUUUUGGUGGAAAUUGUGGGCAAAGCACUUAGCCCUACAUAAAAUCCACAAUAGAUAAAGUCUCUCUGCAAUUUAUCA